ACACACAAUAUUAUACGAUCAUUCCAAUUAUGAUGAUCAGUCCAAUAGUCCAAUGUCCAUUGCACGCAAUAUAUAUUCUAUAACAAUUUAAUGUAGGAUGAGGGUAGGGUUGUCAAUUGAUCAUCGCGCGUAUUUAGGCACCAUUACAGUGGGAUUAGCCUCAAGUUUUUUAGAGAAACCAACUAUGUACAAAGUAUUAUCUAAUGUGUCAAAAUAUACAGUCUACAAUACACUGCGUAGAACACCGUCGAUUCUUCAUGGACCAUCUAUAACGACCUUAAAUCUAAAUAAGCAACCACUUCCUAAACAACCUGUUCCUGAUCUCAAACAAACUGCAGAACGUUAUUUGAGGUACAUAAUGAAAGAAUGGUGGUUGCAAGUUGCAUACUUGGGAUAUCGUCUUCCUGUGAUUGUACAUUCCAGUCCUGGAACUGUUGGACCACCAAUUGCUCUUAACAGACCGGACGAUGUGUAUCUAUUUGCGGCGCGUCUCAUUGUUGGAGCAUGUAAUUACAAUGAAAUGGUCAAGAGUGGAAAGAUGAAACAAGAAAUGGCUCGCAAUGAUCCGCUUGACAUGCAGCCUUAUGGCAUGAUACUUGGCACACAUAGGCAGCCCAACAAAAUGAUUGAUAGACUGUUGCAUACAGACGAGGCCAAACACAUAAUAAUUAUAAGCAAUAAUCAUUUCUUUAAACUUUGUGUUGUCGAUAAAAAUGGCAUUUUAAGUGAGGGUAAAUUCAUGACUGCUAUAAAAGAUAUUGCAGAUCGCUCAUGUAUGCCAGGGAAGCCUGUAGGAAUUUUAACUGGAAAUGACAGAAAUACUUGGGCAAAGGAUCAUAGUUUACUUUUAGAAUUGGGUAAUAACAGAAGUAUAAUCAAGAAUAUAGAAACGUCAUUAUUUAUACUGUGCCUGGAUAAAAAUAUACCUAAAGACGCUUUUAAAGAAAAAAAUAAUGCUUCAGUUAGAGCAGUUCAGACUAUGACAGGCUUCAACAGCUGUCUAAAUGCGGGCAACAGGUGGCACGAUAAAACUGUACAGUAUAUAGUAUCCGCAGAUGGUUAUGUUGGUAUGGAAUAUGAACACAGCCCAUGUGAGGGUAUCCCUGUUGCUGUUCUUCAUGAUUACAUAUUAAAAUACAUAGCAGCAAGAGAAAAUAGCGCAAAACGCGAAGAUUCUAAAGACUUCCCCAGAGCAGAACUAUUAAAAUUCGAAACUAACAAUGUUAUAGAGAAUGCAAUCGAGAAAGCUACUGAUACAGUAGAUAAACUCUCAGAUGACAUAGAUAUGGAAUGUUUUACAUUCGAUAAGUUCGGUGCAGACGCGAUAAAAGCAAUUAAACUAAGUCCCGACAGUUUUAUCCAGAUUGCGAUGCAAGUGACCUUCUACAACUUGCAAAGGAAACCGCCAACGCAUUACGAAAGCGCAGCAUUACGAAGAUUCAUUAAUGCCAGAACCGAAUGCAUCAGAUCUACUUGCACAGAAUCUGUGGAAUUUGCAGAAAUGUUAUUCUACGACGCUGGCUGCAAGACCAAAGCACAAAAGAAAGAAAUGAUGGUCAAAGCUAUAAACGCUCACAAAGAAAUAGCUGGACAAGCGGCGAUAGGCCAAGGUGUCGAUCGGCACUUGUUCGGCUUAAAAAUGAUAGCGCAGAGUGAAGGAAUGGAGCUCCCGGAAUUGUAUAAGGAUAUUGGUUACACCAAAAGUACAUAUUUCAAUUUAACAUCCAGUCAGGUGCCAUAUACUUCAGCAUCUUUUAUGUGCUAUGGACCGGUUGUUCCCGACGGUUACGGUUGCUGUUAUAAUCCACGAUCGAAAGAUAUUCUAUUUGCCUGUUCCUCGUUUAAAUCUUGCGAGAAGACCAACACGAAGGACUUUGCUCGUGUUUUACAACAGACGCUGUGCGACAUGCGAGAGAUAGGAAGCGAAUAAUAUUGUAAAAAGAUAUGCAGUUUUACUGCAAUGGAAGUUCAAUCAAGAGAUUCAUACGUUUAUAUGCAAUAUCUGUACAAUGGCGAGCAAAAUAGAAUGCCUUGUGGAUCAAACAGAUUUGUUUUCUACACUUUUUUUAUCAGGAAAUAUGUAUCGGGAAACUAAAAAAUAUACUUUACGGAAUAUUGCGCUACU